GACUCUGGACUGGAGCGCGCAGGCAUCCUCGCCACUGCUACUCCUGCUGUAGCUGGUCAGGUGACAUUCUGCAUCACCGUUUUCUUCAGGCCUCCUUGCCAUCAUCACAACCAUCACCAACAACAUCAUCUUCUCCUCCAUUCAGAACUCUAGUUCCCUGAAGGCCUUCUCUGUUCCUCAAUGCAGCCCGGUUGCGGGAAAGGACUGUCAGCUGCCUGUUCUGCCUAGCCCUCAUCACAUGCCUCCCCACUGGAGCUGACCACAGACCAGCAUCUCCACAGCAUGAAUAAUUAGGUAGGCAUAAUGGAAGGCACUUACUGCACCCUCCAGUUGCAUAACCCGGUCACUGAACUCUGCUAUAUCAGCUUCUAUCUUCCGAAGGGGGAAGUCAGAGGAUUUUCGUACAAGGGCACUGUAACUCUAGACAGAUCCAAUAACGCUUUUCAUAACUGCUACCAAGUCAGGGAGGGGCCAGACAUCACCAGCCUCAGCCAGCAGCCGAACGAACAUCCUGGCGACUUAUUUUUCAAACAGACUCCCACGAAAGACAUUCUGACAGAGCUAUACAAGCUCACAGCAGAGAGGGAGAGGUUGCUGGACAGUCUGCUGAGGUCAGAGCACAUCCUGGGCAUUUCAAUGGGGAACCAGGAAGGGAAUUUGCAGGAGCUGUCUGUGAGCCUGGCUCCCGAGGAAGACUGCUUCCUGAGUGCUGGCAACCGGAGCAGGGAGCUCCCUGUGAACUCGCUCAUUAGGAGGAGCACCCAAGGGAGCAAAAAGCCCCGGAGGUCUGGCAAGAGGAGAGAGAGCCCUGAGGAGCUCCGGCAGAAGAGAACCAGGAGGAAAGGGCGUGGCCGCCAGGAAUCAGCUCCUCCGAUGGGGAAGGACCAGGUCUGUUCCAGUAGCUCCCUUCCUCCUCCCCGUGUUAGGCCUAAUCUUCGACUCCUAGAAGAAAGAGGAAACUUAGUUCCUCGGGAAACACUUACCUCUUCCCCACGGAGGAGGAGAGAGAGCUGCCCUGCCAGCAUUCUCAGGACACCAGAUGCAGACCUGGGCUUCGGGAGUUCUGGGAAGACCUCAGAGGACACCGAACAUGAAGGACCUCUGUCCCCUGACAGCAGCCUCGCCGAGGUAGGAGUUGCAGGCAUAGGAAGGCAGCUCAAGAGUCCUCUGGAGCAGGAACCUCCAUGUUUGCCUGAAAGCCAUGAGAAACAUCCAGGGGCAGAGAGGGGUGGGACUCCGAAGCCAAAGUCAUUGGAAAGGACUUGCAGGAAGAAACCUGUUUCCAAAGUGGUGGCGAAGGUCCAGGAGCCGUCUGCUCAAGUCCAAAGAGUAGUUAGGGCUCAUCCUGAUGGUGAGGGAAGGGUUGCCUUUUGCUCAGAGACCCAAACUGAGUUUAUCCCUAAAGCUGACUUCCUCAUCAUCUCAGGAGCUAAGGAUGAGACUCAAAGUUCCAGGAGACUGGGGGAGGAGCAGCAAAGGGUCAAGUCACUGCAACCCUUGGCAGCAGAAAGAGCCUCCAUUCCCAGGGAAGCAGCCAGCACUGAGGGGGCUGUGAACAAGGUUCUCCGGAAGGUGAUAGAGAGUGAGAAGUUAGAUGAAGCCACCGAGGGGAAAACACUAGGCUUCUCUCUCAACACAAGGGCCACCCACACUUUCCCAGAAACUAGAAGACAAAGGAAGACCGGGCUACCCCAGAGCACCCAUAAAUUCUUGCUUCUGGAUCUGCCCCACACUGUAGGUCCUGAUUCUCCACAACCCAAAUGCGAUGAGAGGAAGCCAAGCCCCCAAGCCCCAACAGCUCUCGGCAUGGUAUUUAAUAAUUCAUCGCCUCAGUCCAGCGCACACAAACGGCUGUCACCUGUUCCCUCGCCUGUGUCUCCAAGGUGCCCCAGCCCGCAGCAGCACCACAGGAUCCUCCUGCUUCCUCCACUGCCUAGCGAGGGAGAAGCUGUGUUUAAUGAAUGCCCUAGUAGGAAGAACCUUGUCUCCUCUGGGUUUCCCUCUGCUGUCACCUUGGAGCCCUCAUCUUCUACCAAGGUCACGGAGACCAAAGGAGGCACCCCGACUUCCCUCAGAGCAAGCCAAACUUGGCUGGUAUCUGAGGAAGCACCAGAAAGAAGCUUGAGGCCAGAGAAGAUCACAGCCCCACCUCAGUACCAGCCACCACCAGGCAUCACCUCCGAAGGCUUUCCCUGUGACAGCUUCAAUGAGCAGACAGCUAACGAUCUUCCCAAUAAGGAUGGAGGUGCUUGGGUCCUGGGUUACAGAGCCGGACCACCCUGCCCGUUUGUGCUCCAUGAAGAAAGAGAAAAGUCAAAUAGAAGUGAACUAUACUUGGAUCUCAAUCCUGACCAGAGCCCCACAGAGCAGGACGACAGGACUCCUGGCAGACUCCAGGCUGUCUGGCCACCCCCAAAGACAAAAGACACAGAAGAAAAAGUGGGACUGAAGUACACUGAAGCAGAAUACCAGUCUGCUAUCUUACAUCUGAAGAGGGAGCACAAAGAAGAAAUCGAAAACCUGCAGGCUCAAUUUGAACUCAAGACAUUUCACAUCCGGGGUGAGCAUGCAUUAAUAACAGCAAGACUUGAAGAAACCAUUGAAAAUCUCAAGCAACAGUUAGACCAGCGCUGGGGAGGAGGAUGUGAAGAGAUGAGAGACGCCUGCAUCUCCACCAAUGACGACUGCCCCCCAAAGACCUUCAGAAAUGUGUACAUCCAGACAGACAGACAGACCUUCCUGAAGCCCUGUGAAGGUGAAAACAAGGCAACCAGAAACAACCAGAUAGUACCCAAGAAGUUGAAUAUCUCGUUAACCCAGCUCUCUCCCACAAAAGACAGCAAAGACAGCCUUGCACCUCUUCAGACAGAGGAGGGUAUCUCCUCUAGUCUCCAGAAGAAAUCACCUCCUCCCUCCACACCUCCUCCUCCACCUCCUCCUCCCAUCCCUCCCCCUCCACCUCUCCCCACUGGACUUGGACCACUGCCACCACCAGCACCACCCAUAUCACCUGUGAGUGCUGGGCCACCACCACCACCUCCUCCACCUCCUCCACCACCUCCCUUGCCACCAAGUGCUGGACCUCCACCACCUCCUCCCCCACCACCACUCCCUAAUGUGCUGGCUCUCCCCAACAGUGGGGGGCUUCCUCCUCCUCCCCCUCCUCCUCCUCCACCAGGACUUGCACCCCCACCUCCUCCUGGACUCUCCUUUGGACUCAGCUCUUCUUCUAGCCAGUGUCCUCGUAAACCAGCCAUCGAGCCCAGCUGUCCCAUGAAGCCUUUGUAUUGGACUAGAAUACAAAUAAGUGAUAGGAGCCAAGAUGCCACACCAACUUUAUGGGACUCCUUAGAAGAACCUCACAUCAGGGACACCAGUGAGUUUGAAUAUUUAUUCUCCAAAGACACAACUCAACAAAAGAAAAAACCUUUGUCAGAGAGCUAUGAGAAGAAGAACAAAGUCAAAAAGAUCAUCAAGCUAUUGGAUGGAAAACGAUCUCAAACUGUGGGAAUCUUGAUAUCUAGUUUACAUUUAGAAAUGAAAGACAUCCAGCAGGCCAUAUUUAACGUGGAUGACUCUGUGGUUGACCUAGAGACCCUGGCAGCCUUGUAUGAAAAUCGAGCCCAAGAAGAUGAACUGACUAGAAUAAGAAAGUACUAUGAAACCUCCAAAGAAGAAGACUUGAAGUUGCUGGACAAACCUGAACAGUUCCUGCAUGAGUUAGCCCAGAUUCCCAAUUUUGCUGAGCGUGCCCAGUGCAUAAUCUUCAGGGCUGUGUUUUCCGAAGGUGUCACUGCCUUACACAGAAAAGUAGAGAUUGUCACACGAGCCUCUAAGGGCUUACUGCACAUGAAGAGUGUGAAGGACAUCUUAGCUCUCAUCCUGGCUUUUGGAAAUUAUAUGAAUGGAGGAAAUAGGACUCGAGGGCAAGCAGAUGGAUAUGGUUUAGAAAUUCUCCCCAAACUCAAAGACGUCAAAAGUCGGGACAACGGGAUGAACCUGGUGGACUAUGUCGUGAGGUAUUAUCUGCGGUACUAUGAUCAGGAAGCUGGAACAGACAAGAGUGUUUUCCCACUACCUGAACCACAAGAUUUCUUUCUAGCCUCCCAAGUCAAGUUUGAAGACCUCGUAAAAGAUUUGAGAAAACUGAAGCGACAACUGGAAGCAAGUGAGCAACAGAUGAAGUUGGUGUGCAAGGAGUCCCCGAAGGAGUAUCUGCAGCCUUUCAAGGACAAGCUGGAGGACUUCUUCCAGAAAGCCAAAAAAGAGCAUAAAAUGGAAGAAAGCCACUUGGAGAAUGCGCAGAAAAGUUUUGAAGCAACAGUGGACUAUUUUGGAAUGAAGCCAAAAACUGGAGAGAAGGAGAUCACCCCCAGCUAUGUGUUUAUGGUGUGGUUUGAGUUCUGCAGCGACUUCAAGACAAUUUGGAAACGUGAGAGUAAGAACAUAUCGAAGGAAAGGUUGAAAAUGGCUCAGGCAUCUGUCAGCAAACUGACAUCAGAGAAGAAAGUGGAGACAAAGAAAAUCAAUCCCACCGCGAGUCUGAAAGAAAGACUGCGUCAGAAGGAAGCCAGUGUGUCAACCAGCUAAGAUGAACACAGAAGGAAAGUUCAGGGUGAGAGGCCACAGCCCAGUGCUCCUUUAGACACCAGUGCCAAGGGGAGCUCCCGACAGACCUGUUACAGAACAUUUGCUUUGCUUAUCUCCUUCGGAGGUCAUCUACAGGAAGUGCCCUGUGCCGCCUUUGAGGGGUCCCUUGUUAAUCCAUGGGAGCAAUGCAGUGCUACGUAUGGAAAUAUUACAGGAAUAUCUGGUAAUUGUUUCUUAUAGAAAUCCAAAGCCCAUGCUAUAAAAGAAUCAGAAGAUGUACCAAAAAUUUUUUUCAUUUUAGUUUAUGCUGAAUUUCUAAGCUUCCCAGUGUAUAACCAUCAUGGAAAAAGAGGUACCUCUUUUGGGGUGAUUGCCAUGAGAGAACUCAAGCCUUGUUCCUCACACAUUGUGGGUUUUUGUUGUUUUGUUUUUUGUAUUGGUCUUAAUCUUGACCCACUUGUACCAAGAUCCUAUGGCAUUUUCAACAAAAAUGUUGAAACUUACCAAAACUGUUUUUGAAGAGUUAAACCUCACAGACUAGGGAAGUGAUUUUUGAUAAUGACAAUUAUAAUAUAAUGAAAAGGAAAGAGAGUAAGAUUUCCCAUGGGUUGAGAGAGAGAGAGAGAGA